AUGGGUAGUGAAAUCGUAACGAUGGACAACAGCCCUCUCCAUAAACUCCCACGGGAAUUGCGCGAUGAGAUUUAUGCCUUUGUGCUGCAACAACCCUUCGACAUCCAGCUCAUCACCGUCGCCACGGAUGACGCCACGGAAAAUGUCAACAAACCUGUUGUCGAAUGGAUCCAAUCACCGCAUCGCUACAGACUCGCACUCACCACAACCUGCAAGCAACUGCACGAGGAAGCAAGCCCGGUGUUCUACCAAGUGAACAGUUUUAUGCUCAACACUCCCUGGCGCAGGCCUGACGGGAGGAACGUACAACCACUUCAGCAUGGUCCGCACCACCUCGAUGCUGUAUCCAACUUCCGGUCUUGGAUUGACUGCACGCUCAACAGACAUAAGACCCACGCUUCCGACAUCACCAUUGAUCUGGGUGCGAGGGACCUCCAGCUCCCCACAGCGCAGCUUCUGCCGGACCAGACGAUUAAGCAAGUUGUUGGAGUGAUUGCAGCGAGCAGAGAUGCCCGUACGAAGUGGGCGGUACGGCUCAUGUUUGACGCACACUCUCUCAAAAAAGGAGGACGAGAUCUCAUGGUUACGCUGUUCAACGGGACAUGUUGGGAUUUUCCUCGCAUCUUCUUCCCUGCUGCGUCGUUGUCGGCGCCCCGCGAGUCCAUCGAAAAGGUACUCCGCCCUUUGCGGAGACGCGCGGAGGAAUGCAGUACGUCUCAGCAAAGCUUGCACGACUCACUGGAGGUGCUCGAGCAGAUUGGGAUUACACUUGAGGCAUCAAUUGGAGACCUGCAGAAGGCUGUGGAGAAGGCCAGGGAAAGUACUUGA